UCACGUUUUACAGUUUCAUAAGAACGGUUACCGGAGCUUGUAUAACAAGAAACUUUAAAAAUCAGCUCCUCCUCCCUCUUACACUUGCGCAUCAGUUAGUCCAAAUGCAGAGCAAUAGGAGGUCGCAUUGAGAUCUCACCUUUCCCUUAUUUACUGGAACAUCCGGAAAGCAGAAGAACUGGAGAAUCCAAUUAAACAUAAAAAUGUGUACGAGUUUAAUUGACAAAUUAAUUUACGCCUUUGCGCAUGUGUGUUUAUUAAGUUGCAUAGUACAAACUGGUCAUUCUCAGCGUCAGGGCAACACUGGAGCGGCAGCUCUCAGACAAACCAUACAAUGGCAGCACAACGGCAAACUCUUUAGUAUAUUAAGUCAAGGCUCGGAAUAUCAACCACCGUUAAAACGAGAUGGAAACAAAGAGCAGACGCAAGCCAGGCCGAUAGCCAUCGUUCGCAAUGAUGAUGCGGCUACGAGAACCGACGGCUCAGUUUCUUCUUCUUCUUCUUCUUCACGACCCUCCCAGAGCCGCGGGUCCGCGCGUUUUCCCUCAGGUAUCGGUGCGCGCGGUGGUGCCUCGCGCUGGUUAUCAGGUGGCGAUGGAGCGCGCGCCAGAGGAUCACACGGCCGCAGGAAUCACACGGAUCAGCUCCUAACAUCGGUCAACGACACCGACAGAACCGCGCGGGACGAUGAUGUGAUGGUCGGAGAUGAUCCUUACAACCCAUACAAGUCUACUGACCCGGACAACCCGUAUUAUAACUAUUAUGACACGUACGAGAGACCCCGUCCUGCACAGCGCCCGGGAUAUGGCACAGGAUACUUCCAGCAUGGUUUGCCUGAUCUCGUGGGAGACCCAUACUACAUUCAAGCAUCUGCCUACGUGCAAAGAGUUCCAAUGUACAAUCUCAGAUGCGCCGCUGAGGAAAACUGCUUGGCAAGCACUGCAUACAGGUCCAGCGUGAGAGACUACGACACACGUAUGUUGCUGAGGUUCCCGCAGCGAGUCAAGAACCAAGGUACCUCCGACUUUCUUCCCAGCAGACCGCGCUACACCUGGGAAUGGCACAGCUGCCACCAGCACUACCACAGCAUGGACGAGUUCAGCCAUUAUGACCUGCUGGAUGCCUCUUCUCAGAGAAGAGUAGCAGAAGGACACAAGGCCAGUUUCUGUCUUGAGGACACGUCCUGUGACUACGGCUACUACCGACGAUAUGCCUGCACCUCCCACACUCAGGGUCUGAGUCCAGGUUGUUACGACACUUACAAUGCCGACAUUGACUGCCAAUGGAUAGAUAUUACCGAUGUGAAACCUGGAAACUACAUCCUCAAGGUUAGUGUAAAUCCCAGUUACCAGGUGCCAGAGUCGGACUACAGUAACAAUAUUGUGCGCUGUGAUGUACGUUACACCGGAAACUACGCUUAUGUUUCAGGAUGUCAUAUUUCGCAGUAUUAAGAAUCUACUAAAUCAGGAAUAGGGAAAGAUCAUCAGAAAUGAAGUUUGAUUAUAAAAAACCUGCGACAAAGUGAACAGAUAAAUGGACGGUGGUCAUGGGCCACUUUCCUGUUUGUGAGAGCCAAUAAUCAGCAGGGCAUUUUAGUGUUGACUAUGCCACACAAUAUAAAAACCUGAGGCAGAAGUACAGUUUUACAGUGAAUUGCAUUAUUAAUUUUUUUUGGUUUUGUUUUUUUUCUUUAAAAUUAUUAAACAAAAACAAUGUUUUUAUAAGUGUCCAGGGUCAUAUUGUGCUGGAUUCUUCCUAAAAAUUGGAUAAAAUGUUGGUUAUACUGCCAGAAACUGCCAGUUUGCAGAGAUACCACACAUUCCCCAAAACAUUCAGCAUCAUUCUCUCAGACUGAUCAAAUAUAAAAAUUAAACCUUCAGAUGUUGAUCCACACUGGGGUUUUUACUUAAAACAUGCUUUUUUUUUUUUUUUGCUAGAGCGAUGCUUUUGUUGUGUAUUCCAAGUAGAUAUUUAUAUACAGAUACUCAUAUUACUGCAACACGUUUUAUAUAUGAAAUGAAAAUUACUUGAAUAAACUUCACACUCAGCCUUA